AUGCAGCGGCCGGGGGAGCCGGGCGCAGCGCGCUUCGGCCCGCCCGAGGGUUGCGCCGACCACCGGCCGCACCGCUACCGCAGCUUCAUGAUCGAGGAAAUCCUCACUGAGCCUCCGGGGCCCAAGGGCGCCGCUCCAGCCGCCGCCGCCGCCGCCGCGGGCGAGCUGCUCAAGUUCGGCGUGCAGGCUCUGCUGGCGGCGCGGCCCUUCCACAGCCACCUGGCCGUGCUGAAGGCCGAGCAGGCGGCAGUGUUUAAGUUCCCGCUGGCGCCGCUUGGCUGCUCCGGGUUGGGCUCGGCGCUGCUUGCCGCGGGGCCUGGGUUGCCCGGCGCUGCCGGCGCGCCGCACCUGCCGCUCGAGCUACAGCUCCGCGGGAAGCUGGAGGCGCCUGGCGCCGGGGAGCCGGGCACCAAGGCCAAGAAGGGGCGUCGGAGCCGCACCGUGUUCACCGAGCUGCAGCUGAUGGGCCUAGAGAAACGCUUCGAGAAGCAGAAGUACCUCUCCACGCCCGACAGAAUAGAUCUCGCCGAGUCCCUGGGUCUGAGCCAGUUGCAGGUGAAGACGUGGUACCAGAAUCGAAGGAUGAAGUGGAAGAAAAUAGUGCUGCAGGGCGGCGGCCUGGAGUCUCCCACCAAGCCCAAGGGGAGGCCCAAGAAGAACUCCAUCCCCACGAGCGAACAGCUCACGGAGCAGGAGCGCGCCAAGGAGGCGGAGAAGCCGGCGGAGGCGCCGGGCGAGGCCGGCGACCGGAGCCACGAGGACUGAGCGCGGCAGAGGGUUCGGGCCCAGGGAACCCCAGCGCAGUACGCGGCCCCCAUAACCCGCCGGAAGCCGCGAAUCGGCCCUUCUGCGUCCACGCCGUUUGCUUUCUAAACUUUUUAU